UCUGCCAGGCACCGCGACAGAGGCGGCAGAACGGCACACAGUGCGGCCGCAAUUCCAGACUGACACAGGCCUCAGGUUCCUCGGGCACUCAGACAACAAAGGUGGCUGCUCCGGGCGACUCCUUGGAGGCCCUCGCCACCCUCGGGCCGCGCGGCGCCCGCACCACGCAGACCCGCCGCCGCCGCUCGGAACUGCGUCACUCUCUGCCACCGGAUGAAGCGUGACGCCGUCCCGGUGCGCCGUGCCGCCGCCUACCCGCGCGGUCCCGGGGGUGGCGUUCCGCAACAUGGCCGUGGCCGGGGAGCCGCCGCCGCCUUCCCCCGCGCUGCCUGCCGCCGCCAUCCCUUCCUUCGCCGUGGCCCGCGGCCUGGUGGGCCGCCGCUACUCGUGCCUGGUGGUGGCCCCGCAUCGGCGGCACGUCGCGCUGCCGCCGCGCUACCUGGGCCACAAGCGCACCGGCAUCCGCGCCCAGCUCGACGCCGAGCUCCUGCGCUACUCGGAGAGCCUUCAGGGUGUGCCAGUGGCUUACGACAACAUCAAAGUGGUGGGAGAACUCGGGGACAUUUACGACGACCAAGGAUUCAUUCACCUGAACAUCGAGGCGGACUUCGUCAUCUUCAGUCCCAAGAAAGGGAAAAAGCUGGUGGACAGGUGGACUCCUCACCGGUCCUCCCUGCACCUCCGCGUGGUCCCUCACACACACGGCAGCCCUGCACAGGCUGCUCCGACGUGUGUUCAUCUCAAAGGCUGCAGCUCCUCUCUGCCUCUUGUGUGGGUCUGCUCUGCGGCCCGCAGGCUCUCCAGCACGGCCUGCACCACAGCCCGCUCCUCACACAGUCUCUUGCCCAUCCAGGUGUGCUCACCCGGAGCUGCUGGUGGCUCUCAGUCCUGCCAUUGCCCUCCAUGGGUUGCAGAGGGUACAAUUAAUAAAGUGGCCCCUAGUCAUAUUGGCUGCCUGAUACAUGGUUGCUUCAAUGCUUCCAUCCCUAAACCUGAACAAAUGUCGAUUGUUCAGUGGCAAAAGCUGGGGUUAAAAAUAGGGGAUGAACUGAAAUUUCAAGUGUUGCACUUGGAUUCUGAUGCGGCUGGGGUGUUCUUCAUUCGAGGAGGACUCACUAAAAGCAGCAUGCAGCCCAAACAAUCUGAGACUGUCACUGAUGGUACAAAUGGAGAUGAAAUUCAAAAGCUUGACCAGCAGGAAAAUGGCUUGAAUGACUCUGAAGGAGAUACUGUCACAGAGGAGCCUGUAGCUCAGACGGAUAGCAAUGAGAGAGAAGAUACAGAAGAGCAAAACACUGAUACUGUGAAUGGGUUAUGUGACGGUAAAAACAAGAAGAAGAAAAAGAAAAAGCAUAAGCAAGAACAACAGGAACAUGUAUUGCCUACCAGUGACUCCAGUGGUUACCAAAGUGACCAUAAAAAGUCAAAGAAAAAGAAAAGAAAGCAUUGCAAUGAAGCUGAAGAAAAUGAAUUAUCCCAGCUGUCAGAGGAACCCAAAACUAAAAAAAAAAAGGGACUAAAGUCUGAAGUGCCUUUCCUGAAUUAAGAUUUUGGAUGGUUUUGAUAAGCUUCCAAUAAAAUCUUGUUUUCAAAA